UCCAUAAUAUGUCCCUUUAUCUAAACCACAAUUUUUUAUCAGCAUGGAAUCUCUAAGUGUUAGCUAUAGUGCCACAAUAAUCUAGAAGUCCUUCAGCUCUUUUUCAAAAUAAUCGUAGUCAUAUUACGUUUCAAAGUAAAAUUAUUUAGAUUAAAUCAAAUGACAAUACUGAAAGCAAUCCAUGAACAUUAAAAUUAAUUCUUUCAGGAAAGUCCCGCUCUCAAGGUUAGGGUAUAAUGAUCUUUUAGGUAAAAUAUUAGAAUAGAAAGUUUAUUAUCCCUGUCAUUAUACUGAUAACACGUGGCAGAUAUUACGUAAAGUAUUUAAAUGUUGGAAAAUUCGACCUAGUCGACAUUUUUAACUCUUAAAUUAUUAUUGAAACACAGCAGCCAAUCGAAUAUUCUAGUUUUCCCUAAAUUUAUUUCACUCAUAAAAACCAGUCAUUUCAUUGUUGAGUUAUCUAGUAUGUCUUCCAGCACUGGGAAUACUUGUGCUUCCCCAAUACGGAACUCCUUCAGACAUCGAGACCGUGAUCUUCAUUUGUGAUACAUCAAGUUCUUUAAAAGCAUUUCUUAUGUUUAGAAUAUAGUUAAACAAUAUAAAUUGUAAUAUCAGGAUUCAAGCAUUUGUUUCCUCAAGUGAAUGCUGACAUUAUAGACAUAAUAAAAUUAAUGAAGAGCAUUUUUUAAUUAUUACGUAAAAUGCAGCUUAAAAUUAUUAUUUUGUUUUAUUUGAUGAUCUCUUGUCACGGAGCUGAAUCUCAAAAUAAACUGGAUGAAUUACCUGAAAAUGAGAUCGUUUACAAAAAAUGGAAUGAAUUAGACAAAAAGGUUAAAUCGUUUGUGAAUUAUGUCAUGAAAAUGGCUAUGCCGACUGUAAUCAGAGCCACAAGUGAAAUGAAUCUGACUUCAACAUGCAUGAAACAAGGUUUCGAAUUCACUAUGGGUCUUCGGAAUCUCAGAGAAUGGGCCAUUGAAUUUAUAGAUUCCUCUGGUAAAGGUAUUGAUGGUUUACUGGCUGGCACAAUAGGGGCAUUUGGAAAUUAUGAUGGAUGCCUUAAUGCGGUUGCCACAAAAUCAAAUUCCAACGGAGGAAAGGAAGUCUUGUUUCGAGGGCAGUACUGCAUUUUAGAAAUCAAACCUGUUCUACCUAUCACAGAUAAGGUAUACAGCUUUAACAACAGAAUUGAAGGCCUUGUCGCUGCUACCCAGAAUGGAUCGGAAUUUAUAAAGAAAAUGGCCUCAUUAGCUCAUACAUUUUACGCUGGAAGUGCAUAUUUUGGGAUUUGCGUACCUUCAGGCUGCAAUGAAGAAGAUGUGGAAAAAUUUACAAAAUACUUUCUUGAUUCUUUCGCCAUGAAUUCGACUGUGACACAUUGCGAAAUGAGACAGACGAAGUACAAUACCCCUUUCAUUGUAUCAGUGUUCUUUUAUUCUUUGGCUGCUUUUCUGGUGAUUAUUGGAACAGCGCUACAUUUUUAUGCAAAUAGUAAAAAAAUUAAAUUUCAAAGUAAAACUAUGCAGGCCCUGUUGGCAUUUUCUUUUGUGACGAAUUUCGGAAAAGUCUUUAACAUGAAAGUCUCUGAUAAAUCUCUGGCUUUUUUGAACGGAUUGAGAUUUCUUUCCAUAGGAUGGCUGGUUUUAGCUCACGCCUACAUGGUUGCAGUGCUUACCCUGCCUUUUCAAAGAAAUUUCUAUUAUGUGUAUGAUAUCUUUGACAAAUAUUUUCCUCACUUGAUGCAGCAAGUUCUUUCCAACAGCACAAUCUCAGUGGCUACAUUCCUAUUCAUUGGGGGACUGCUCAACUGUUAUCUGAGAGUGAAAGAAUUGGAAGUCACGAAAAGCCAAUCAAACAUAUUCCAGUACAUUGCUUUAAGACUCUGGAGGACAUAUCCCGUGUACAUCUACUCCAUUCUUUUGACUCUGCUGCUAUAUCCGUUAGGAGACGGUCCAAUCUACACAGCAGUUGGAGAUGAAUAUAUGAAAGCUUGUUACACGAAAUGGUGGAGGAAUCUUAUUUUCAUAAACAACUUUUAUCCUUUAGGUGAAUCAUGUAUGGGUCACUUUUGGUACAUGGCAACUGAUAUGCAACUCUAUUUAGUUUCUCUAAUCACUAUUCCAGUGCUUCUGAAGCGGCCUAAGUAUGGAGUACUACUGAACUUGCUGGUUGUGUUGAUGUCUGUGGUGUUCACAGGUGUUUAUACAUGGUACUGGAACCUUACACCCUCUUUUGUUGUAACUCAUAUAAGCAGAGAGGAGUUUCAAGAAUUCUGGAGGGUGCACGCUCAUCCAGUGAUAAAUGCUUCACCAUAUUUUCUUGGUGUUCUAGGAGGAUAUUUUUUAGCUACGAAAAAGGCAAUUAAAAUUCCAAAGAUUUGGCAAUGCGUUGGCUGGUCUCUGUCUACUGUGUUAUGUUCCUGUGCUGUUUUCGGAACUAAGAAAUGGAAUGCUGGCCUAGAACCUACUGAAUUCGAAAGAAUUAUGUUCCCCUCUUUAGCAAAGACAACAUUCACUGUUGGUAUAGCUUGGAUAGUUCUCUGCUGCGCGACAGGACAUGGAGGUGUUGUGAAUUAUAUCCUGUCAUGGCCUAUAUGGAUACCUCUAGCUCGGCUGUCAUUUCUCAUUUAUCUCACUUCUCUUAUUAUACAGUUUAUGUUCUUAGGGUCUUUUAGAAAUGUAUCGGAUAUUUCUAACAUAAUCAUAGUAUGGCGUUUCAUAGGUGAUCUUUUCGCAUCUGCCGUCAUGGCAUUUAUUGUGACCAUGCUUGUUGAGGUGCCAUUUCUGAAUCUGCAAAAACUGGUCUUCUCUAAAGUAAGAAAAAAUAUUCAGAAUUCUGCGACAGCAAAUGGCAACUGUAAAGACAAUGAGCAUGAAAUGAAAGUUCCAGAUCAAGCUAAGAAUGGUACCCUUGAUAUAGAAAAUACCGCACUAUCUGUUAAAGUUUGAAUGGAAUGCGAAAGUACUUAAAGAUAUCUUAAUACAUGUAGUAUUUUAAUAGAUAAGAUUAAAUUAUGGAACAAUAUUUUUUAAGAUCUGUCCAAAGAGUUUCUUUUAAAUACAAAUAAGUGAGAGAAUGGGAAUUCAAGCAGAGAAGCAAAAGCACUGAAAGAGAUGGAUUUUUCAGAUUUGUUUUUCUACUUUUAUGUUGUACGAAUGUAUUACUUUGCUUUACUGUUUCUUUGUAAAAUAUAUUCCUGUGUUUAAUUUGUUUUAGGAUUGAACUUUCUGGAACUUUAAAUUUCUAUAAAUGGCUUGUUAUUC